AUGGGUCGCUCUCAGGAGCUCAGUGAAUUCAAGAGUGGUACCGUGAUAAGUUGCCACCUGUGCAAUAAGUCCAUCCAUGAAAUUUCCUUGCUACUAAAUAUGACACAGUCAAUUGUUAGUGGUAUUAUAACAAAGUGGCAGCAACUGGAAACAACAGCAAUUCAGCCACAAAUUGUAAAUAAACCCCACAAUGUCUGCAGAGUCAAUAGCUAAAGACCUCCAAACUUUGUUGAAGGGAACUCUUAAGGCGUCAGCAUACCAAGAUAUUUUGGACAAUUUCGUGCUCCCAACUUUGUGGGAACAGUUUGGGGAUGGCCCCUUC